GAUAAAAACUGAACAUCCCCACCAAUCAGUUUAAUACUAAUUGCCAAUAUUGUAAGCCGUUAUUCUCCGUCGUAACUAACGACAAUGACUCGUAUGCUGUUGCAGCUGCUACCUCCUUUCUUCAUAUUCUUCAUCCUUCCGGUGCUCUUUUUCUUCUUCCUCAAACCAUCUUCUCUGAAGGAGAAGAAGGAGAAAGGUCCUUCACCCACCGUUACACUCCCAAAAGCAUACCCACUGAUUGGUUCCUACUUAGCCAUCAAAGCACAAGGCAAACGCCGUUUGCAAUGGUUAUCCGAUAUUGUCCAAAUCUCCCCAACCGCCACCUUCACCCUCCGCCGCCACUUGGGCCAUCGACAAGUCAUCACCGGCAACCCCGCCACCGUACAGCACAUUCUCAAGACCCAUUUCUCCACUUACGAAAAGGGAAACAGCCUUCGACAAACCCUCUCUGAUUUUCUUGGCAACGGAAUCUUCAACGCCGACGGGGAUAACUGGAAGUUUCAAAGGCAAGUUGCCAGCCACGAAUUCAACACAAAGUCUCUGCGGAAAUUCGUCGAACAUGUGGUGGACGCCGAGCUCUCCGACCGCCUCGUCCCCAUUCUCGCUUCAGCGGCAGCAGCCCAAGACCAAACUCUCGAUUUCCAAGACAUCCUUCAACGUUUCGCGUUCGACAACAUCUGCAAGAUCGCUUUUGGGUUCGACCCAGAAUAUCUAGCGCUGUCCGUUGAGCGGAGCAAGUUCGCGCAAGCCUUCGAAGAAGCAACAGAGAUCAGCAGCAAACGGUUCCGCGAACCGUUACCCAUAAUAUGGAAAAUAAAGAGAAAACUCGACAUAGGAUCGGAAAAGAGACUGCGAAUCGCAGUCUCGGAAGUGCGAGAAUUUGCCAAGAACAUAGUGAGAGAGAAGAAGCGCGAGCUGAAGGAGAAGGCCUCACUUGAAUCUGUUGACAUGUUGUCGCGGUUCUUGAGUUCGGGUCACUCCGACGAGGACUUCGUGACGGACAUAGUCAUAAGCUUCAUAUUGGCCGGAAAAGACACGACGUCGGCGGCGCUCACGUGGUUUUUCUGGCUGCUGUCGAAGAACCCGCGGGUGGAGAACGAGGUUGUGAAAGAAAUCGGAGAAAAAUCAGAAGAGCCGGUUUACGAUGAAGUGAAGGACAUGGUUUACACACACGCUGCGUUGUGUGAGAGCAUGAGGCUGUACCCGCCAGUGCCUAUAGACACCAAGGAAGCAGUUGUGGACGACGUUUUGCCGGAUGGGACGGUGGUGAAGAAGGGGACGAUGGUGUCGUAUCACGUGUACGCGAUGGGGAGGAUGGAGAGUGUUUGGGGUAAUGAUUGGGCUGAGUUUAGGCCUGAGAGGUGGUUAGAGAAGGUUGAUUCUGGUAAGUGGAGUUUCGUUGGGAGGGAUCCUUACAGCUAUCCCGUGUUUCAGGCGGGUCCCAGGAUUUGUUUGGGGAAGGAAAUGGCGUUUAUGCAGAUGAAGAGGGUAGUGGCUGGCGUUCUUAGGCGGUUCAAGGUGGUGCCGGCGGUGGCCGAAGGGGUGGUGCCCAACUUCAUUUACUUCUUGACGUCCCAAAUGGAAGGUGGGUUCCCGGUGAGGAUCCAGAAAAGGGUUGGUUGACUUUGACACACAUGUUUAGUACAUAAACUGUUUUGCUCUUUUUGUUGGAAUAAG